GAGGGACAUGAAGGAAUCGACCAUGGGGUGUGUAUGCAACACGACAUCCUGUGGUUGAAUCAAUGUGGGUACGAAGCUGUAACACACAAUCAAGGGAAAAAACUACCUCAUCAGUAGAGCAAUACGUUCUGAAUUUGAGGAAGUUAGCUCGUCUUUUGUGUCCGGGUGGAAUGAUCCUGAUGACUGAAGUAAUUGGUGGCACUUUCUUCCUACUUGGAAGUGACAAGUUACCUGAUCUCUACUUGGCUUCGACUGAAGUAGUUUGUGAAUCUCUACUUCAAGCUGGAUUCAUUGAUGUGUCAAUAAAGACAAUGAAAGUUCAACCUACUGAAGCAACUGACCAUAAGCAAAUCGCAUUUUCCACAGCACUUUUUGAUUCUGUUUGAAUCUGAGAAUAUGGUUGAACUGUGUCUUGACAUUGGGGCUCCUUUCUGUGUGGUAAUUUUCAUUAAGUCACACCAU